AUUGGAUAAGCAUACAUCAUCAAUUUUUGAGUUCGCUGGAAACAAAAAUCCGAGAGACCGAACGCGAGUUGCCGAAGUUGCUGAUCACCAACGUUUGUCUGACAAUUUCAAGAGUUGUUAGGAGUAGGGAUCCAUUUCUCUUCGUCCACGAACAGGCAAUCCACGCUUGGUCGAGCUCGCCGUCGGGCGCCGUCCGCCGUUGUCAGCCCUGCGUGGUUGUUCUCGGGCUACUGAAGAAGAUUGGAACCUUAGGGCUCUCUCUACCCCCAAAAUCCAGCGACAAAAAUGAUGAGGCUACAGUCGUAUGCGGGGCUUAGUUUCAUUGCAACUCUCGCUGUUGCGUAUCAUGCAUUCAACAGCAGAGGUCAAUUUUAUCCAGCAAUGGUUUUUCUGUCAACUUCCAAGAUCAGCUUGGUACUUCUUCUCAACAUGGGUCUGGUCAUUAUGUGUCUUUUAUGGCAAUUAACAAAGAAGGUAUUUCUUGGCACACUCCGAGAGGCAGAGGUUGAGAGGCUUAAUGAGCAAUCAUGGAGGGAGGUUAUGGAAAUCCUUUUUGCCAUCACCAUUUUUAGGCAGGAUUUCUCUGUUACAUUCCUUGCUAUGGUCACAGCACUGUUGUUGAUCAAAGCUUUACAUUGGUUGGCUCAGAAAAGAGUUGAAUAUAUUGAGACCACUCCUACAGUGCCCUUGUUGUCUCACAUUCGAAUUGUGUCUUUUAUGGGUUUCCUCCUCCUUCUGGAUGGACUGUUUUUAUAUAGUUCCGUGAAGCAUUUGAUACUAUCAUGGCAGGCUUCAGUUUCCCUCUUUUUUGCUUUUGAGUACAUGAUACUGGCAACAACAACAGUGUCAAUUUUUGUAAAAUAUCUUUUCUACGUUAGCGACAUGCUUAUGGAAGGACAAUGGGAAAGGAAACCAGUCUUCACAUUCUACUUGGAACUCAUCAGGGAUUUGCUUCACUUGUCUAUGUAUAUGUGUUUCUUCCUUGUGAUUUUCAUAAAUUAUGGUGUGCCUUUACACUUAAUACGGGAGCUGUAUGAGACAUUUAGGAACUUCAAAGUUCGUGUUGCUGACUACAUUCGCUAUCGUAAGAUUACUUCAAAUAUGAAUGAUCGGUUUCCAGAUGCAACCCCUGAAGAGCUUAACGCAAGUGAUGCUACAUGUAUUAUCUGUCGUGAAGAGAUGACUACAGCCAAGAAACUUAUAUGUGGACAUCUUUUUCAUGUGCAUUGCCUCCGAUCAUGGUUGGAGCGACAACAUACUUGCCCUACCUGUAGAGCCUUGGUUGUACCACCUGAAAAUGGGGCAACUACUGCUGGAGGGCAGCAUGGAUCACAGUCAGAUCGACAGGGAACAGGAACUAAUACUGGAAACUCAUCUCAAGCUGAAGGUGGCAGUGGGGUGGCUACUGAUAAUUUGAGUCGUCAUCAAGCUAGACUCCAAGCUGCUGCUGCUGCUGCUGCAAUGUAUGAGAAGUCUUUUGUGUACCCAUCACCAUCUGCAACUUCUUUAGCAUGCGCCCCUGGAUAUACUGUAUAUCCUCCUGUUCAUAGGCCUGCCGCUGAAUCUACUAAUACAGAGCUUAAUGGAGAACAUACUUCAUGUGAACAAACACAACGACAAUUUGUCAUCCCUGGUGGACCAAUGAAUGUUUCCUUUCAUCCAAUGGGACCGUUUCUUAUCCCUCCUUCUCUAACACAUGUAGCAAACGGAGAGGGAUCUGGAUCUGAUCCGAAUGGGCCAAACUCUCUUCUGGAAGCUCAAAGAACAAUUCAAUACCAGAUUGAGAUUCUGCAAAAUCAGCUCCAGAUUCUGCAGAACGCAAAUGUAAAUGAGGGCAAGUCGUCAUCAUCAAUUAGCAAAGACAAGGAGGUUGCUUCCUCUUCAUCUCUGCCUGAUAAUGGUCGUAAUGAGGGGAUUCAAGGCGGUACUCGGUAGUGUAUAAAUUAAACUGUUUUGCUUAUUUUGUGUCGUGGCUGUAUAAUAAAGGAGACUUUCAAAUGUAGAUAUAGGAAAAGUAGAGUACGGCAAUUAUAGCAUUGUAGGUCACAUCAUCGAUUUGAGAAUGCUUGAGGCUCGUCCUUUGUUUCGCUAAUCUUCGUAAUGCAUAGUGCCUCCUAACAAAUCAUUUAAUGUUUCUGACAUUUUAUUUUUGGCAGGCUGUGUUAUCGUAAUUCAAGUAUUUGGUUUAUUUCA